ACGACACUCCAUGGAACCGGCGACCACCUGACUGAAAUUCGAAACGUCCUUGGAAGCAAGGAGGACAUAGCACAACUUUGGCCAGAUGUCGAUCCCCGUGACAUCAAGACACUCACCCUCGAUGCCGGUCAGGCUUUUGUAGUAGGCGCCUACGCACAUCUACCACAAUCAAGCAAAGGCAAGGAUCCAGUGCUUGGUGCUGUAUCAACCUUUGAGGCCCCGUCCACCAUUGCGUCUCCUACAACACCAAUGGCACCACCGCCAGUGCAGGACUCGACACAAUCACCAUCUUCAGCGGCACACCACAACAAGACGCCUCAUCAUAAUCUUGCCGUAAACCAAAAGGCGGAAGCGAGUAAGGUGGUUCCUGAGGGCCAACCACAGUCUAUUGAGCAAAUCGAGUCCCAACUUCCUCCUCUUCGAGGUCCAGAGGCUAGUGUAACCAACUAUGUCGCAAGACUGGAACAAGUUGAGGACCAACUGAUGGAGUUUUACAAUGGGAACAACAAUCGAUUCAAGAAAAACACGUGGGACAUGGAGCGUGCCAAACACAUCGAAUACCAGGCCAUUGCCAACAGUUUACUCAAGAUCGUUGGUGGGAGCAUUGGCGAACGUUGCAAGAGUCCAGUAUUGAUUGGUGUGGGCCUGGGUGAUUUCAGAAGCUCGAAGCGGCUAUCAUCUCUGCAUGGGACGUUUUUGUCUUACUUCAUCCCUCUGGCGCGCUCCCUCGGAUACGUUGUUGUUGGUAUUGAAGAGUACUAUACUUCAAAAAAAUGCCCGAACUGUGAGGAGUUUGUGGCCCAG